GUGUGGUGAAACAUGGAGUCGAUGAGGUUUUCUGAUAACUCGUUUUCUUCGGCAGUAGACGAUUUUAAAAGAGAAUGGCUUUCCAAUUUAAGUAUUGAAGAAUUCUGGCAUGACAAUGCUUUCUUUAUCAGCGUCGCUAUUGGCUUAUUUGUUGUUUUUUUAACUAUAUUAAUUUUUGUUUUGAAAAGAAGGAAAUUACAACAAAGAGGAGUUUUAAUUUUUGGAUUAUCUGAUUCUGGCAAAACUUUGCUCUACUGUAGGCUAGUAGCUUCUAAAAGAAUGCACACUUUUGCAUCUAUGAAGGAAAAUUCUGCUAUUAUAGACCUGAAAAGUAAGAAAUCUCUCCGACUAAUUGAUUUGCCUGGAAAUGACAGACUGCGAAUGAAACUUCUUGAUGACUUCAAGCAUUUAGCAAGGGGUGUCAUUUUUGUUAUUGAUAGUUUGAAUUUUUCACGAGAAAUAAGAGAUGUUGCUGAAUUGCUUUACACAGUUUUAAGUGAUAACAUAAUCAAUCAAAAUAGAGUUCCCUUUUUAAUUCUCUGCAACAAACAAGAUGAAGCAAUGGCAAAAGGAAGCAAAGUAAUUCAGAGCCAACUGGAAAAAGAAAUAAAUACAUUGCGUAUUACACGAAGUGCAUCUCUCGAUUUAACAUCCGAAGUUGCCAACAAUAACACUUUUUUGGGAAAGAAGGGGAAAGAUUUUGAAUUUGGCGAUUUAAAGCCAAUUCGUGUUGAAUUUAUGGAAAGUAGUGCAUGGAGCGAGGAAGAAUCAAGCAAUAUAUCAGACAUUAUCAAUUGGCUGGCAAAAAUUGCAUAAAAGACUUUCGUUCGGUUAUGCUUUUCAGAAAUAAACUGUUUGGUUCACAUAUUUAAAUUAUUUUCUACGUGUAUUUUGCUUUUUAAUAUUUUGAAGCCAUACUUAAAUGCAAUAACAACAGAUUUUGAUAUAAAAAAAAAUAUAGUUUAUAUGUAUUAAUAAACAUAUUUUUCUAUUUUUUCUCGUCAUUUAUGUAAUUUCUGUAAUUAAUUACAUCUAAUGUAAAAUAGUUUUUAUUGCAGUAAAAUAACUUAAAUAAGUACAUGCUGUAAACUGUAUAGGUUUAAUUUUAUAUAACGUUUAUGUAUUAAAUUAACUUGUGAUCCACGUUAAUGUUUUUAAUUGCGAAGGAAACACAAGACUGGUGAAAUAAAGACGACUGUUUGAAUCUAUAUUCUAUAA